CAGGAGAGGCACUUGUUCGCAGAAAGACACAGUAUUCUGCUCAGACAGGAAGAAUCAUCCCUCAAUCUUCCCUAGUUUAUCAGCGGCGCCCUCAUCCUCACCCUCUGUGUUACACCUCAUCCCUCUAUGACCAGGAACUCAUGGUGUUGGAGUUGCUGUGUCAGAUCCUGCAGACAGACUCCUUGUCUCUGGUACAGCAGUGGCUUCUCCUGGCAGGCCAGAGGGAAAAGGACAUGGUGAUGCAGUUGAUUCAACAGGCCAUGGAGGACAGUGAUCUCUCCAGCCAUCAGCAGAGGCUGUAUCAGGGUCCACUCCAGGCUCCUCAAACAUCUAUGACAGCUCAAAUUCAGGGUCCACCUCAGGCUUUUAUUCCUCGUACAUCUGUGACUGCUCAGAUUCCUUCCCGGGGCCAGUUGCAAAGAAAGCAAAGACUCACUGGUUCCCUCAAGACUCACCCUCGCUCCAUGGAAGAUAGACCAGAGAACAUUGGAGAAGCAGAGGUCCUUGAAAUCCACCGGGACAACCCCUGUCCGCCCUGUGAUGAAGAGGAUGGGGAAGAUCAGUCCUCUUUCUGAUAGUAAUUCCUCCAUUUGGACCAUGUUUGGUUCUACCUAUAGGCAGAAGACUGCUCACAUACCUUCUUCAGUUAUGCUUCAUUUACAUUAUUGUUCUGUAAUGCUUUUCUUUUUUAACCAAUACAAUUAGGAGGGUCAA